CCUGGUUUCUCUCUAAACUCUAAACAAGCUUCUUAUCCGCAUUCUGCAACCAAAUUUGAGAAAAAAUGGAGCGCUCGAUUAAUGGAGGAGAUUUGAGAGGAAAUGAAAGAGUUGAAAUUUUGAAGCCUCGCAUUGAUAAGAGAGAGUUUAGGAGGAUUGUUCUCUCGAACUCCUUAGAAGUGCUCCUUAUCAGUGAUCCAGACACUGACAAGUGUGCUGCUUCAAUGGGUGUUAGAGUAGGAUCAUUUAGUGAUCCUGAGGGUCUUGAAGGUUUGGCUCACUUUCUUGAGCAUAUGUUAUUUUAUGCCAGUGAGAAGUAUCCACAGGAAGAUAGCUAUUCGAAGUACAUAGCAGAGCAUGGCGGUUACACAAAUGCUUUCACCGAUGAUGAGCAUACAAAUUUUCACUUUGAUGUUAUGACUGAAUAUUUUGAGGAGGCACUCGAUAGAUUUGCUCAGUUCUUUGUCAAACCCUUGAUGUCUCCUGAUGCCACAAUGAGGGAAAUUAAUGCGGUUGACUCUGAGCAUCAAAAGAAUCUAUUGACAGAUUAUUGCAGAAUGGAUCAGCUUGAGAGGCACCUAAGUGCCCGAGAUCAUCCUUAUCACAAAUUUGGAUGUGGAAAUUUGAGUACUUUGGCGGUAGGACCUAAAUCAAGAGGGCUGGAUACAAGAGAUGAACUUCUCAAAUUUUAUGAGAAGUUUUACUCAGCAAAUCUUAUGCAUCUUGUUGUGUAUGGGAGAGAUUGCCUUGAUGACAUUCAAAAACUAGUAGAAGAGAAGUUCCUUGCAGUGAGGAAUACUGAAAGAAGCUGCUCUAUAUUUCGUGGCCAUCCUUGUGCUUCUGAGCACCUUCAGAUUCUCGUUAGGGCUGUCCCUGUGAAAGAAGGUCACAAGUUACGUAUCGUAUGGCCAGUUACUCCAGACAUAUGGCAUUACAAAGAGGGACCUUGUAUGUACCUUAGUCAUCUCAUUGGGCAUGAAGCUGAGGGAUCUCUUUUUUUCCUUCUGAAAAAAUUUGGAUGGGCUACUAGCCUUUAUGCAGGGGAAGGCAACUGGACUAAUGAGUAUUCUUUCUUUGUAGUUUCUAUCCAUCUUACAGAUGCUGGUCAAGAACACAUGGAAGAUAUAGUUGGAUUGUUGUUCAAAUACAUUAAUCUUUUGAAAGAGUGUGGUGUAGAGAGGUGGAUUUUUGAUGAGAUUUGUGCCAUUGGGGAGACUAUGUUUCAUUUUCAAGACAAAUUCCCCCCAAUUCAUCAUGUGGUUGCAAUUGCUUGUAACAUGUUGUUCUACCCACCACAGGAUUGGCUAGCAGCAUCAUCCCUUCUUUCUGUGUUCAACCCAGAUAGUAUACGGGGGAUAUUAGAAGAGUUAACUCCAAAAAAUGUUAGAAUCUUUUGGGAAUCAAAGAAAUUUGACGCAUGUACCAACAUGACUGAGCUGUGGUAUGGAACUGCAUACACUGUUGAAAAGAUCAGUGACAUCUUGAUUCAGCGAUGGAUAGAUGGAGCUCCCAAUGACAAGCUAAGUUUACCGGCACCAAAUAUGUUUAUACCCACUGAUUUGUCUCUUAAAAAUGGACUAGAAAAGGCUAAAUAUCCUGUUCUACUGAGGAAGUCCUCCUUUUCAAGACUAUGGUUCAAAGCAGAUACCAUGUUCUUCAGUCCGAAGGCUUUUGUGAAGAUCGACUUCAAUUGUCCUGAGUCUGCCCAUUCUCCUGAAGCUAGAGUUUUUAAAGCCAUUUUUACAAGAUUAAUAGUUGACUAUCUAAAUGAAUAUGCUUACAAUGCUCAAAUUGCCGGCCUUGAUUAUAGUAUAUACCGCGUCAAUACUGGAUUUCAGAUUGAGUUGUUUGGCUAUAAUCAUAAAAUGAGGCUCUUGUUAGAUGCAAUAAUUGAAAAGAUUGUUCAAUUUGAGGUGAAACAAGACAGGUUUUCGGUAAUUAAGGAAAAUGUAACGAAGGAUUAUCAAAAUACAAAAUUUGAACAACCAUAUGAGCAAGGCAUGUAUUAUUCUUCAUUAAUAAUGGAGGAUCAGUCAUGGCCUUGGAAUGAAGAACUUGAGGUGCUUCCGCAUCUCAAGGCUGAAGAUCUCUCGAAAUUUGUACCACGCUUACUCUCAAGGGCUUUUUUUGAAUGCUAUGUUGCAGGAAAUGUUACCCCAGAUGAAGCUCAAGCUUUGGUACAGGAUGUUGAAGAUGUUCUUUUCAAUGGUUCCCAGUCUUUAUGCAAACCUCUUUUCCCAUCACAGCACUUGACGGAUAGAAUAAUAAAUCUGGAAGCAGGAGUAAAUCAGUUUUACCCAGUUCAGGUUCUCAACGAGCAGGAUGAAAAUUCAGCUCUUUUGUACUAUAUUCAGGUUGGUCGAGAUGAUUUUAAGUUGAAUGUGAAACUCCAGCUUUUUGUCCUCAUCGCAAAGCAGCCAGCUUUUCAUCAGCUUCGAUCUGUUGAGCAGCUUGGAUACAUUACAUUCCUAAUGAAAAGGAAUGAUUCAGGAAUCCAAGGAGUGCAGAUUAUUAUUCAAUCCAUAGUAAAGGACCCAGAAAAACUAGAUGAGAGAGUUGAGGCAUUUCUCAAAAUGUUUGAAACUCAGCUUUAUACAAUGUCAAAUGAUGACUUUAUUAGAAACAAAAACUCAUUGAUUGACAUGAAGCUUGAGAAACACAAGAACUUGUCAGAGGAAUCAGAAUUUUUCUGGAUAGAAAUUGAGAGGGGAACACUCAAGUUUGACCGGGUGGAACACGAGGUUGGUGCAAUUAGAGAAUUGACACAGGAAGAUAUGAUUGAUUUCUUCGACAUAUAUAUCAAAGUUGGGGCCCCUCGGAGGAAGAAGCUGAGUAUACAGGUGUAUGGAAAAUUACAUUCUUCAGAAUAUGAAGCAGCGAAACAGAAAGAGAACAGUUGUGGGUCGAAAUGUAUUAAUGAUAUUUUCUCGUUCAGAAGAUCCCAACCUCUAUAUGGUUCUCUGAAGUGAGCUCUUGGUGUGUGAAAUUGUGCUUUGCUCGUACUUUCAGCCAAUAAAACAGACAUGUUUUUAUUUAUGAUGUAAAAUAAAUUACUUGGGACUGAUAAAAGAUGAACAAAAUAAAGAAAAUGGAGGAUUCUGCCA